GGCAACGUCGACUGGUUGUCUGCAGGCAAAGAUGGCGGUGCGGAAGAAAGACGGCGGCCCGAAUGUAAAAUAUUUCGAAGCGUCUGACACCGUUUCCCAGUUUGAUAAUGUCCGCGUCUGGCUGGGAAAGAAUUAUAAAAAGUAUAUCCAGGCUGAACCCCCCACUAACAAAUCUCUGUCCAGCCUGGUGGUCCAGCUGCUCCAGUUCCAGGAGGAGGUUUUCGGCAGACAUGUCAGCAAUCCUCCCCUCACAAAGCUGCCGAUGAAAUGUUUUCUAGACUUCAAGUCCGGUGGGGCUCUCUGCCACAUUCUGGCUGCUGCCUACAAGUUCAAGAGUGACCAAGGAUGGCGCAGGUUUGACUUCCAGAAUCCGUCGAGGAUGGACCGAAAUGUGGAGAUGUUCAUGACGAUUGAGAAGUCUUUAGUGCAGAACAACUGUCUGAGUCGGCCCGUCAUCUACCUGAGCCCUGACAUAGAACCAAAGCUGCUCGGCAAACUGAAAGACAUCAUCAAAAGACAUCAGGGCUCCGUGACUGAGGACAAGACCUCCAGCUCCCAUAUCGUGGUGCCUAUCCCUACCAGUCUGGAGGAAGAGGAGUGGGUGCGUCCUGUGAUGAAGAGAGACAAGCAGGUUCUGCUCCACUGGGGAUACUUUCCAGACAGCUACGACACCUGGAUCCCAGCCAGUGAGAUUGAGGCUGCAGUGGAGGAUCCGCCCAGCCCAGAAAAGCCCAGAAAGGUUCACGCAAAGUGGAUUUUAGACCUGGACCAGUACAACGAGUGGAUGAACGAGGAGGACUACGAGGUGGGAGAGGGCUGUCCUAAGAGGAAGAGGAUCUCUGCCAAGACACUAACGGAUGAGGUGACCACACCGGAUGAGCGAAGGGACAAGAAACCUGGCAGUGCCAAGAAGAGAAAGCGAUCGCCAUCACCUUCGCCAACCCCUCCGCCUCAAGAGAGCAAGAAGAAAAAUACCAAAAAAGGGCCGACCACGCCGUACACCAAGUCUAAACGAGGUCAGCGGGAGGAGGAGCAGGAGGAGCUGUCCAAGGACCUGGAUGAAGCCUCACCUGUUCCUGCAUCUGAAGAGGGAAACACAGCAAAGACAAAUAACACCAAGAAGGACUCAGAAUCAACCCCGGUUAAGGGAGCUACUGAUAUGGAUGAACAAGAAGAGGAGUCCAUGGAGACAGCAGGAAAGGAAGAGGAGGAGGGCUCUCCCAGUGUGAAGGGGGAACCAGUGAAGAGCUCAGACCUUCACGAGGACAACGUGACCGAGCAGACCCACCACAUCAUCAUACCCAGCUACGCCGCCUGGUUCGACUACAACAGCGUUCACGCCAUUGAGCGGAGAGCCCUGCCCGAGUUUUUCAACGGGAAGAACAAAUCUAAAACCCCGGAGAUCUACCUAGCAUACAGGAACUUCAUGAUUGACACCUAUCGACUGAACCCCCAGGAGUACCUGACCUCCACCGCCUGCCGCAGGAACCUCGCGGGAGACGUCUGCGCCAUCAUGAGAGUUCAUGCUUUCCUAGAGCAGUGGGGACUCAUCAACUACCAGGUGGACUCAGAGAGUCGGCCCACACCCAUGGGACCGCCGCCGACCUCGCACUUCCACGUCCUCGCAGACACCCCUUCGAGUCUGGUGCCACUGCAGCCCAAGACAUCCCAGCAGACCCCCGCCACCCAGCCGAUGAUGACAUUCCCAGACAAAGUGAAGGAGAAGCCCACAGAUCUGCAAAACUUUGGGCUGCGGACCGACAUGUACAGCAAGAAGACUGCAUCUGCAAAGCGGCGAUCUAUUUGUGUGCAGAGCAAGAGUGCUGCGAGCUCUAUGAGGGAGUGGACCGAGCAGGAAACACUGCUGCUGCUGGAGGGGCUUGAGAUGUACAAGGAUGACUGGAACAAGGUGUCUGAACACGUGGGCAGCCGCACUCAAGACGAGUGCAUCCUGCACUUCCUGCGGUUGCCGAUUGAAGACCCGUACCUGGAGGACAGCUCGUCGACGCUGGGCCCGCUGGCCUACCAGCCAGUUCCCUUCAGCCAAGCGGGAAACCCCGUCAUGAGCACUGUGGCCUUCCUGGCUUCUGUAGUUGACCCGCGCGUGGCCUCAGCUGCUGCCAAAUCCGCUCUUGAGGAGUUUUCCCGUAUGAAGGAGGAAGUCCCUGCAGCGCUUGUCGAGGCUCACGUGCGGCGGGUCGAGGAAGCAGCGAGAGUCAGCGGCCGUCAGGAUCCCCUGUACGGCCUGGAGGGAAGCGGCAUCGCAGGCACUGGCCUGGAGGAGGGAGAAAGGCCCGAUGAAAGCAGUGAUGAAAGUAAGAGUGACAGCCAGUCGAGUGAAGAGAAAAGAGAAGCCAAGGAGAGCAAAGAUGGAGCCAUGGAGGAGGAAGAGAAGCAGGUGGAGAAUGGGAAGAAAGAAGAAGAAAGAGGAAGAGAAGCCGAAGGGGAGAGGGAGGCAGAUAAAACUGAGCCUGAGAUAGGUGACAGUGAGAAAGAGAAGGAUGCAAAAGAGGGAACAGAGGAGGGACAAAGAGAAGGAGAGAUUGAAGGAGAACGGAAAGCUAAGGUUGAGCGUGACGUGGGAGAGGGAAACCUGGCGACUGCUGCUGCCUCCGCUUUAGCAGCUGCCGCUGUCAAAGCCAAGCAUUUAGCUGCAGUGGAAGAGAGGAAAAUCAAAUCCUUGGUGGCGCUGCUGGUGGAGACCCAGAUGAAGAAGCUUGAGAUUAAACUGCGACACUUUGAAGAACUGGAAACCAUCAUGGACCGAGAGCGGGAAGCCCUUGAGUACCAGCGGCAGCAGCUGCUGGCCGACCGCCAGUCCUUCCACAUGGAGCAGCUGAAAUAUGCUGAGAUGAGGGCUCGCCAGCAGCACUUUCAGCAGAUCCAGCACCAGCAGCACAGCCAAGCCGGAGGCCCUCACUCCAACCAGGCGACAUCAGCUCCACAACCCCAAGGCCCGAGUGCGAGUCAGCCAGCUCCCAGCACACCAGCUCCACAGGCGGCCCCCAGUCCUGCGCCACCAGCUUCUUCUGCCCCGCCUGCCGAGGCCCAACCUCCUGCAGGCGCUCACACGCCAUCUCCCUGCCCGCCCAGCCAGGCCCCGGCGCCUCACUCCAGCUCCAGCACUCCAGCUGCGCACCACGAGCCCAGCACUCCUCACCAAGGGGACUCAAUCCACCCGUCAGCGCCUGUUCCUGCACCGCAGUGAGACAAACACCUAGAUGAAUUGCCCGCGAAUCCAAAUGACUGACCAUUUCAAACCCCGAAUGCAUCAUCUGAAAUGAAGUCGUCGCCAGCCGACCGACGAGAAGACAUCUUUCAUGUUUAGUUUUGUUUUUUCUACAAAGGGAAUUGAUGUGAAGACCAUAUUGUAAAUGAAUCCACCUCUUUGUUUGAAGAUAAGUCCUUUUAGAAAACAACUGACUCUUACGAAAAACUGAAUUUUAAUCCUUUAUUGCUGACCAAACAGUCGAGUUUAAGGGGAACAUCUGUUGAACCAACAUGUCAGAGCAGAGAAGAACAAAAGCCUCAUGUUGCGUCGUCUUUGUUGCAAUUUUUUUUUGUUACUGAAGUUUGUGAUAGCUCAUAAAGCCUGGUAGUUCAUCAUCUCUGCAAAGGCCCCGCAUCCUCCUUGUACUUUAGGUACGUUUUAAAACAUACAUGUCUGUAAGAAAAAGCACUUUUCUCAUUCAAAGUCUCGCUGGAAGACUUGAAGCAUCCGUCGUAUUGAACGCUAGCACUUAUAUCUUUGUUUUGUGGUCUUAAAUACUUCAACCAACAGGAGGUUUCUGAACUUCAUCAUGGUCCUUUAGAUCCGUUUGUGUUUACGUUACUUGGAUACGUUUUGUCUACAGGGUUGAACCUGAAGGUUACAUGGCUAAAAGUCUGUAAUGAAGGAAGAGAUUGAAAUUGCUAAAUUAGCUAAUCUAAGCUUGGAUGCAAUUAAGGAAAAUGUACUGUAAACUGGAUUUUCUGUUACAAACACGCCUUUUUGUAUCCAGUUAUGAUGCUGUGGAAACUCAAAGUACAGCCUGGAGUCCUGAGAAGACUUUCCUUCGAUGAUCUCAUGUAAUUUCCCCAUCAAGCCAGCAGCACUUAGAGAAAAACCUUUCAGCGUGGAUGAACUCUAAGCAUCCAGUUUUUCAUGUGCGGAAAAGGAAAGUCUUCGCUAUUAGCAACCACGCACCAAACAGUAUUAGAUGCUGUGUUAUGUAAACCAAAAUGUUUUCUUUAAGUAUGGUUGCUUGGGAAGCAUAUGGGAUUCUUUUUUAUGUGAAAAAAUAAAAUAAAACUUGGAAGUAACUCCAAUGCUGUCAAAAACAAGGGAACCCCUUAAAACUGCAUCUAAAAGAGAAUCAUGUCCUUGAAAUCCCCAAUAGUGUUCUCACUUUAUAUCCUGUUGAUUUUUAUAUUUUUUUACAUGUAUUUUUCCAUCUUUUUUUUUUUUUCCUUUGAUAUGUCAACAUUGUAACUGUAUAUUAUUAUCUUUGUAGCCUGUAUCUACCCUCGCCAUCUUUGUGUGCGAUCUGGACCGUUUUUUUCCAGAUCUGUCUGAGACGUGAUUGUGAUCAUGUGUGCCCCUGCCAUUAAGACUUGUAAACAACAUUACCUUUCUGUUUUUUUUUUUAUUAUUAUUAAGUGCCAUCAGUUGUGUGUUCACCAAGUUUCUAAAACUUAAAAGAAAAAAAACAACAUUUUGCUUCACACACAACACGUCACAUCAGUGUUAUGAAAUAUAUAAUCCAGUCAGACGGUGAAAGUUUGCAGUUAUUGUCCAUCUAGCCAGUAUUGCAGUCCUCACCUCCGCCGUGAGCAUAAAUGGACAUCUUUUAUCUGUGUUAUUACUACAUUGUGUGAAUUUUGUGAUAUGAAAUAAGUGUCUGCUCAGUUUCUGUAUGUUUUUCAUUUUGCUCAAGGUAGCAGCAAGUGCGGUAUUAUACAGUAGACAUGAGUUUUUCCUCUGUAAAUCAUCACAUCAGUGCUGACAGUUUAUUAAUAAACAUCCGAACUGGUUGAAUUAUGAAAUGUUUGAGGAAAAAAAUAAAGAUGUGAAGAGGA